UAUUUGCCUUUGCCCCCCUUCCUUCGAUGUGAUACCUAACCACCACUCUCUCUUUUCUCAUCACCAAACCACCACAGCAAAGAAAAACAGAGCUGAGAGAACCCCGAAACAGAGACCCUAAAGUGUUCAUUUUUUUUUUUUUUUUGCAAUGGUUUGGAGGUUUGUUAAUGGCGUUAUAGACUCUUGGGACUAAACGGGAGAAGAAAGUAGUCUGCAUCUUCUUGAUUUCUCACUGUUUCUCCUCCGCUUUAGAGAGGAAUAGGCGAGGAAUUGAGAUUUAUAAAAAGGCCUUCUUUUUUUUUUUUUCUUUUCUCUGACGCUUCUCUCAUGGUUCGAUGGAAAUUUGUAAGUGAUGGAGGCAAAUCUGGUUUACAUCACAUGAGCAAUUAACGACAUGUCAUCAUGAUGGUCUCACUUCGCAUUGGUGGGAAUAUGCGUGAAUGAUUUUUCAAGAGACCGAUCUUUUUCCUCACUUCUUUUUUCAUUUGUGUGAACUCUAUCUUGUUUCCUAUAUAUACUUUGGAUCCUAGCUCCUUUAGGGCAAAUCUCCUUUGGCAAAAGUUAAAACUAAGCAGCAGUACCAGAAGUGAAGUUUCUCCCAUUAGGUGGCUUUGAUACAAGUCACUUCACUUUGGAAACUUCAACUUUAAGCCUUCAAGUUUCUUUGAGGUUUGAAGCUCCACCCUCAUUCUAGGGCAUAUCUCCUUUGGCAAUUGGAACUCCAAUCACAUAUUGGAUUCCCCUUUGAAGUUUAUCCAACUGGAAAACUUCAGUCCAUUCGUUGGGCAUAUCUCCUUUGGCAUUUCAGAGUCCUCAGUUGGCUCACCUUAUCUCCAGUUCGAGCAAAUCUCCUUUGGCAUUAUCCGAGUCCACAGUUGACUCUAGUUUGAGCAAAUCUCCUUUGGCAUUAUCCGAGUCCACAGUUGGCUCUAGUUCGAGCAAAUCUCCUUUGGCAUUAUCUGAGUCUUACAGUUGACUCCUAUUAUCUUUAUCUUAGUCGAGCAGAUUUCAUCACGGUCUGCAGUUUCAGUAGACCUUUGCUGUUAGUCCAUAUCAGUCAUAUUACGCGCCUAUCAACGUAAGUGGAUUGGUUAAGAAAGACUGCAGGGAAGCCACACCAUUUCUCAUCGAGUUCCUUGGCAGGCAUCUAAACUAUGGAUAUGUCUCUUACUGACUCUGAUUGGGAUAGCUCCAGCGACAGUGGCAGCAGUGAACACGAAGAAGUUGAGUUUACUUAUGGUGGACGGGCUCAAAACAUUUUCUCAAACCUUGAAGAGACCAUUGGAAAAAUCGAUGAGUUCUUGUCGUUCGAGAGGGGUUUCAUGUAUGGUGACAUUGUGCGGUCCACAACUGAACCAUCAGGACAGAGUGGCAGGGUUAUCAACAUUGACAUGUUUGUCAACCUCGAGAGUACUCAUGGUAAGAUCAUAAAGGAAGUUGAUACCAAGAGGCUUCAAAAGUUGCGUUCUAUCUCACUCUGUGAUUAUGUGAUUAACGGACCUUGGCUUGGAAGGGUUGACAAAAUAGUUGAGCGUGUCUCUGUCACCCUCGACGACGGGUCCAAUUAUGAGGUCCUUGUAAGCGAUCAAGAUAAACUUGUGGCCAUUCCCCCAAAUGUUCUCGAGGAUUCUCAAUAUUCUUAUUACCCGGGGCAAAGAGUUCAGGUAAAGCUGGCACAUGCUCCCAGAUCAACUACAUGGUUAUGCGGCAACUGGAGGGAGAACCAGGUUAUGGGAACUGUUUACGCUGUAGAAGCAGGACUUGUCUACGUCGAUUGGGUUGCCUCCAUCGUAAUGGGGGGUGAUCGAAAUUUAACUGCACCUCAAGCUUUGCAGAAUCCUGAGACUUUAACUUUGUUACCUUGUGUUUCUCAUGCAAGUUGGCAGCUUGGUGACUGGUGUAUACUCCCUAGCUCUUCGCACUUUGAUAUAGCAGAGCGGAAAGCUCCAUAUGUGGCUGCCUACAAUCCCAACGAAUGCCAUAAGACAUUCCAAAAAGGGUUUAACAGAAAUAUGCAGAGCUCAAGCUUGGAUGAGCUUUUUGUUAUUACGAAGACAAAGAUGAAGGCUGAUGUUAUGUGGCAAGAUGGAAGCUGCAGUCUGGGAGUUGAUUCCCAACAGCUACUUCCUGUUGGUGCUGUUAAUGCUCAUGAUUUUUGGCCCGAGCAGUUUGUUGUGGAAAAGGAAACCUGCAACAGCAAAAAAUGGGGAGUUGUGAAGGCUGUUAAUGCAAAGGAACAAACUGUGAAGGUACAGUGGACACCACAGGUUGAGAAAGAAGCAACAGGUUGUGUUAUUGAGCAGAUGGAGGAAAUGGUCAGUGCUUACGAACUGCUUGAGCACCCUGAUUUUGGAUUCUGUUUCAGCGAUGUAGUGGUCAGGUUACUUCCACAAGGAAAAACUGAUCCAAAUGCUGAUAAAAUCGUCGCUACAGAGACGAAACACCUACUUACAGAGAGUGACUACAGUGGUGCAUAUUAUUUGUCAAGUAUUGGUGUUGUUACAGGUUUUAAAAAUGGUGCCGUGGAGGUGAAAUGGGCCAAUGGUUCUACUAGUAAGGUUGCACCAUGUGAAAUUUGGAGGAUAGAAAGGUCUGAAUUUUCCAACUCUGGCAGUAUAAAUUCGGAAGGCACUGUUCAAGAUCUAAGUCAGAAGAUUAGUCAAUCAGAUGAAGCAUCUUCAAACCAUCAGGAAACGGGUCUGGUGAAGCUCUACAGUGUUGGUGAAGGCCGCAACAAGAACAUUCCGGAAUGUAGUUCAUUUUUCCUUCCAAAAGCUGCCAUUGGGUUUAUCACAAACCUUGCAUCAAGCCUUUUCGGUUCUCAGAGUUCCACUUCGCAUUCACGUUGCAAUGAUUCUGAAGAUCAAAGUGACUCUGAGGUCCUUGUUCAAGAAGUAACAGAAUCAUAUGAAAUCUCUGAAUCAAGUUCAGGCGAAGUGGAUAUGGCCACGAUGAUCAACUUACCUACUGAAGGAAAAGAAAUUACCAAGACACUGGACUCAACUCCUCUAGAGAGCAGCAGGGAACUUGUGAGAUUUAGACAGUUCGAUAUGGUUAACGACUGCUCGGAUCAUCAUUUCCUUUCUUCGGAUAAAGGGUUGGCACAAUCUCAGGUCACAAAGAGUUGGGUGAAGAAUGUCCAGCAAGAAUGGAGCAAUUUGGAGGCAAAUCUUCCCGACACAAUAUACGUGCGUGUGUAUGAGGAAAGGAUGGACCUUCUGCGUGCAGCCCUAGUUGGUGCCCCUGGAACACCAUACCACGAUGGACUUUUCUUUUUCGACAUUAUGCUUCCACCUCAAUAUCCUCAUGAGCCACCAAUGGUACAUUAUCAUUCAGGUGGGAUGCGACUAAAUCCUAACCUGUACGAGUCAGGAAGAGUCUGCCUGAGUCUGCUGAAUACAUGGAAUGGCUCUGGCACUGAAGUAUGGAACGCGGGGAGCUCCACCAUCCUUCAAGUUCUUCUUUCAUUUCAGGCUCUUGUUCUGAAUGAGAAGCCUUACUUUAACGAAGCUGGCUAUGAUAAGCAGCUGGGACGAGCUGAGGGAGAGAAAAACUCAGUGAGUUACAAUGAGAACGCAUUCCUCAUCACUUGCAAAUCCAUGAUCUCAUUGCUCCGCAAGCCCCCAAAGCAUUUUGAGGUGCUUGUGAAGGAUCACUUCACAAAACGGGCCCAGCAUGUUCUGGCUGCGUGCAAGUCUUAUAUGGAAGGUGUCCCUGUAGGAUCAUCAGUGAACAUGCACGAAAGCUCAACCACAAAUUCCACCGGUUUCAAGAUCAUGCUCUCCAAACUCUACCCAAAACUUGUGGAAGCAUUCUCAGAGAUUGGAGUUAAUUGCGGCCAAGCGGAUUGAACUGGAAUCAUAAAGGUCGGUAAUGUUCUGAUGUCAUUUCAUCUCCCCAACAUCCAAUACUUGAUGUAUAAUAUCAGUUUGCGAGGUCGGUAAUUCAUUCCCCAUGUAGAAUAUGUUUUGUACUUCAACGUGUGAGAAUAAAACUGCUGUAAAAUAGGCUCAUCUUGUAUGAUAAUCUCAUCUUGUAUAAUAUCCAAGGGUUCUAGUUUUGCAAGAACUAUGUACCAUAUUGUAUAAUAAAAAUGAAACACUUGUGUUUGUGUG